CAAUACUUAAUACCCUUACAUAAAAUUUAUUAUAAGCUGCCAUGUGAAGAAUUCAUUACUUAAUACCCUUAUAAUAUAUAAAAGCUAUUAUCAGUUCCCAUAUGAAGAAUUGAAAUAAGCAGAGGAAAGUGAGUGAAAAAAAAAAUGGAUAAAACCCAGAGUAUUCCAACCAUUGAUCUUUCAGAUUUUCCAGCACAGUAUGAGAAACUAAGGCGAUCAUCUGAAGAAUGGGGUUGUUUCAGGGUAGUCAACCACAACAUCCCUUUUGAAUUGAUGCAGGAAAUGAAGCAAGUUGUGAGAUCAUUGCUUGACCUCCCCAUCCAAAUCAAGCAAAACAACGUCGAUGUCAUUGCCGGCAGUGGUUACUGGGCUCCCAGUCCUAAAAACCCUCUUUAUGAAGCUUUGGGUCUCUAUGAUAUGGCCUCCUCCCAAGCUGUUCAUACCUUCUGCUCUCAGUUGGAUGCCUCUCCUUCACAAAGAGACACAGUAGCGAAGUAUGCUAAAGCAAUUCAUGAGGUAAUCAUGGAUAUAGGUGGAAAAAUAGCAGAGAGUAUGGGAUUGAAGGGUGAUUACUGCAAGGAAUGGCCUUGCCAAUUUAGGAUAAAUAAGUACCAUUUCACCCCUCAAUCUGUAGGCUCGGCUGGGGUUCAAUUACACACUGAUUCUGGCUUCUUAACAAUACUUCAAGACGAUGAGAAUGUUGGUGGACUUGAAGUGAUGGACAAAUCUGGUGAAUUUGUAGCUGUUGAUCCCUUGCCUGGCAGCCUCCUUGUCAAUCUUGGGGAUAUGGCCACGGUAUGGAGCAAUGGAAGGUUACACACGGUGAAGCAUAGAGUGCAAUGCAAGGAGGCGAAAACUAGAGUGUCGAUCGCCACGUUCCUCUUGGGACCGAAAGAGGAAGCAGUGGAUCCGCCACCGGAGCUGGUGGAUUCGGACCAUCCGCGGCUUUACAACUCGUUCACGUACGAGGAGUACAGGAAGCUGCGGCUGUCGACGGAAUUGCAAGCUGGUGAGGCUCUUGCACUUGUACGUACCUGAUCUUAAAGAAAGAUUGUGUAAAGCAUAUUGCAAUGUAAUGAAAGUCCUCCAUUUCUGCCCUUUGUUUGAUGAAUAAAGCAUGAAUUUAAAUUUCCCUAGAAA